CGGCGUACCUCACGGUUGGAGUGGAAGGCACGCCUGCGCCAACCUUCAAAUUCUAUAAGGGAAUCACCGAGAUCAUCGAAGGUGGCCGAUUCAAGUUCCUUACGGAUACAGAGACCAAUACGAUCACCCUCUGCAUGAGGAAGACGAAGCCCAACGACGAGGGCACAUACAAGAUCGUCGUGAGCAACAUCCAUGGCGAGGACUCUGCCGAGAUGCAGCUCUACGUUUCCGACGCCAGUGGUAUGGAUUUCCGUGCUAUGCUGAAAAAGAGGAAAUACCAGAAAUGGGCGAGAGAAGAGCAAGAACAAGAAAAGGUAGACUUGAAGGAGGUCGAGAAACCUAUGCCGGCUUUGAAGAAAGUCGAGAAGUCGCUGCGCGACUUGGUGACACACGGAAGAAGCUGGUAUCAAGACGGGGAUGAAAUAGUGAUCUUGAUGGAGGGUGAGGAGGUCCUUCGAAUUUCUCUAGACAAGAAGGGUGAAACUAACUGGAGCUGGCUCAAGGACGUCUUCGACAUUCAGCGCAGGCCAAGUUUGCAGGAGCUAAUCGUCGACUGGCCGAUAUUGGCAACAGUGGUCAAAGAGAAGAAUAGUGGAUCUCGUAGACCCUCUCUCGCCGAAUUAAUUCCUGACUGGCCGAUCCUGCACCAUUUCACCAAGACGGAGAAGCCGGAAAGUUUCCUGAAACCAUUGGUGGAUCAAUAUGCCAAGGAGGGCAAAGACAAGAAAGUCGUCUUCGAAGCGAACUUCUCAAAACCGAAUUGCAAACCAAAAUGGUUCUUCCGAAAGGACGAACUGUUCCCCUCAUCGAAAUACAAGUUCAAGAAUGAGGAAGAUUGUUACCAACUCAUUAUUCUAAACCCUAAGGUUGAGGAUACCGGAAAGUACACCAUUGAAAUUUCAGGUGUCUCGAGCACAGGUUUCCUCAACGUCGAAGAGUAUCCAUACAAAUUUGUAAAGGUGCUGAAGUCCCAGCAGCUCGUAGAAAAGGAAACGUUGACACUGGUCUGCGAGUUGGAUGAUGAGGGUGGUGAAGUUAAAUGGUUCAAAGGUGAUCAAGAGAUCGUAGCUGACAAGAGGGUACAAAUCAAAGAAGAUGGCAGAAAGAGGAAGCUCAUCAUUAAAGACGUGAAAGUUACAGAUGCCGGUCAAUACUCGUGCGUGAGCAACGCCGACAAGACUGAAGCCGAAAUAGUCGUAAAUUACGCGAACCGAUUCAACAAGAAGUUGAAAGACACAGUGGCAGUGGAAAGAGAAAAAUUGGUACUGGAUGUGGAACUUCAAGACCAGACCGCACCUGCCGUCUUCUUGUUCAAUGGAAAACCGAUCGAACCUAGCGAAAGGAUCGAAGUUAAGAACUUGGGCGGUGGCAAACAUCAACUGGUCUUCAACAGAUUAGAAAUGAGCGAUGAUGGUGAAAUUACUUGCGAGAGCGGACAAUUGACAAGCAGCUGUAAACUCACAGUGAAGAAAGGCGAGAGUAAACCAAUCGCUGAAAUUCCCGAUAAAGUCGAAGGUCCUUCUAAUCAACCACUCGUGUUCGUUGUCCCAUAUAAGAUCGAAGGAACGAAACAGAGCCAGGUAGAAGCUAAACUGUUGAAAGACGGCAAAGCAUUACCAUUGAAGGAUGUAGAGAUCGUUGUUGGUGAAGAUAAAAUCACGUUCAAGAUUAAGAAACCUUCUCAUGAUCAGUCUGGUAUUUAUCAAGUGAAGAUUAGUAACAACCAAGGAGAGGAAGUCAAAGAUGUGAAUGUCAACAUGCAAGAUGUGCCGUCUCCACCUACGGACGUUGAUGUCACCGAGGUCUUCCAAGACUCCUGCGUGGUAUCGUUCAAACCUUCAAAAGACGAUGGUGGAUCGCCAAUCACGAAAUACGUGGUCGAACGUCUCGAUCUCAGCUUGAAGGCUCAAUGGGACAACGUUGGCGAAGUUAUGCCUGGCGAGAAAUGCGUUUACAAAGUGAAAGAUCUUAUAGCGAAAAAAGAAUACAAAUUCCGUAUCAGAGCUGUGAACAAACUUGGCUCCAGCGAGCCCGCGAUGUUUGGAAAGCCAAUACUCGCAAAAGAUCCAUGGGACGAGCCAGGCAAACCCACGAACGUGGAGGUAGUGGAUUGGGACAAAGAUCACGCCGACUUAAAAUGGGUGAAACCAGAAAGUGAUGGUGGAGCGCCAAUUACGGGCUACAUAAUCGAAUACAAAGAGAAAUUCGGUAAAGAAUGGGUGAAAGGCAAAGAAAUCGAAGGCGACGUAACGGAAGCUACUAUCGAUGGUCUUAAAGAAGGCACCCAAUACGAAUUCAGAAUCAGAGCUGUGAACAAAGCUGGACCUGGUGAACCGUCGGACGCUACGAAACCAAUUAUCGCCAAAUGUCGAUUCGUCAAACCGUAUAUCGAGGGUGAUGGUUUGACUAAUCUGGUCAUAAAGAAAGGACAAGUGAUCAAGUACGAUAUUAAAUACGGUGGUGAACCCGAACCGGAAGUCCAUUGGUUCCUUGGAGAAAAAGAACUUGUUCAGGACGCAGCUGAAAGAAUUACUAUUGAUAAGUACGAGAGGAACACGGUGUUGACUGUUAGAAAAACGACUAGGCCAGAUUCAGGCAAAUACAAGCUGGUUUUGAGUAAUAGCUCUGGAACUUGCGAGAGCAUCGGCGACGUCGUUGUACUUGACAAACCAUCGAAACCAACUGGUCCACUGAAGGUGGAAGAAGUCCGUUCAAACCACGUGAAGGUAAAGUGGCAAAAACCAGAAGACAAUGGUGGUACAGACAUUACCGGUUAUGUUUUGGAAAAAAUGGACAUGGACACUGGACGAUGGAUUCCUGCCGGCGAAGUGGGACCAAACGAAGACACAUUUACCUUUACUGGUUUAACUCCGAAGAAGAAAUACAAAUUCCGUGUGAAAGCUGUGAACAAGGAAGGUGAAUCCGAGCCACUCGAAGUCGACGAGGCAAUUCUUGCCAAGAAUCCAUAUGACGAGCCUGGUAAACCUGGUAAACCAGAAAUCUUCGAUUAUGAUAACGUCAGCGUAUCCUUGAAAUGGACUAAACCUGAGAGUGAUGGUGGUAGGCCAAUCACUCAUUAUGUCGUCGAGAUGAAAGACAAAUUCGCGGUGGAUUGGGUGGAGGUAACGAAAACUACUGAUGACACUCCGGAAGCAAAGGUUGAGGGCUUGAAAGAGAAAAUGGUUUAUCAAUUCCGAGUUCGUGCACACAACAAAGCAGGUCCAGGUCAACCUAGCGAACCUACGGACAACCAUCUCUGCAAACACAAGAACCUUAAACCAAGAAUCGACAGAACCAACUUCAAAUCCGUAAUCAUCAAGGCUGGACGUACGCAUAAAUGGUCUGUGGAUAUCAUUGGAGAACCACCACCAGAAAUUAAAUGGGUUUGGAGAGAUAAUAUACCUCUAACUACCACGGAACGCAUUAAGAUCGAAAAUGUCGAUUAUCAUACAGACUUUACUAUCGUAAACACGACGCGAAAAGAUACUGGAAAAUAUACUCUCAAGGUGGAGAACGUUAAUGGAAGUGACGAGGAGACUGUCGAACUUACAGUUCUUGGCAAACCGGAAGCACCAAAGGGUCCAUUGGAAGUAACAGACAUCACAGCAACCUCGGCAAAGGUGAAGUGGGAGAAACCGGAAGACGACGGUGGCGUCCCGAUCAAAGAAUACGAGAUCGAAAGAUUGGACACGAAGACUGGCAAAUGGGUGAGAGUGGGAAAAAUUCCAGGCAAUUCGCCGAACACAGAAUUCGAAGUGACUGGAUUAAAUCCAGGCAGCGAAUACAAAUUCCGUGUUACCGCCAUCAACGACGAGGGUGAUUCCGAACCACUUGAGAGUGAACGUCCGAUCAUCGCUAGAAAUCCAUACGACUCAGCAACUAAACCUGGAACACCUGAGAUAACCGAUUACGACAAUGAAUCCGUAAGCUUGAAAUGGACUCCCCCGUCUUCUGAUGGUGGUGCACCAAUUGAGAAAUACAUCAUCGAGAAGAAAGAUCGUUACAAGCCAGAUUGGGAAAAAGCAAUUGAAGUACCUGCAAGUCAAUUGGAGGCUAAAGUGGGUGGCCUGAAGGAACGAGGAGAAUACCAGUUCAGGAUUAUUGCUGUGAACAAAGCUGGACCAUCUCCGCCAUCAGAUGCUUCGAAAAUGCAAAUAUGCAAGCAUAAAGCCUUGAAACCAAGAAUCGAUCGCACAAACUUGAAGCCUAUCACCGUAAAAGCUGGCAAAGCGAUCAAAUACGACGUGGACGUACGCGGUGAACCUCCUCCAGAAAUCACUUGGUAUCACCGUAACCAAGAAGUUAAAACUGGCGAAAAUAUCGAAAUUGUUAACGUCGAUUACAAUACAAAACUCAAUAUUACCGAUAGUGUGCGCAAGAACACCGGAGUAUGGAAGAUAAAGGCUGUAAACGCACAUGGUGAAGACGAAGCCGAGGUCGAAAUUACAGUACUUUCGUCUCCUGGAAAACCGAAGGGUCCUUUGAAAGUGUCCGAUGUAACGAAGAGCGGUUGCAAAUUGAAAUGGGACAAGCCAGAAGACGACGGUGGAAAACCUUUGAGUGGAUAUGUAGUGGAGAAACUCGACAAAUCCACCGGAAGAUGGGUGCCGGUUGGACGUACCUCCCCUGGAGAGACCGAACUAGAAGUUAAAGGUCUCCAAGAAGGCCACGAGUAUGAAUUCAGAGUCAAAGCGGUUAAUGAAGAAGGCGAAUCCGAACCACUGAUCACUGAAAGCACGACUGUUGCAAAGAAUCCUUAUGACGUAGCCAGUAAGCCUGGUGUACCAGAGUUCGAAGAUUGGGACGUGGAUCGUGUCGAUCUGAAAUGGGAACCACCGAAAAAUACGGGAGGUGCACCUAUUACGGGUUAUAUAAUCGAAAUGAAAGAGAAACCAUCAAGCCAUUGGGUAGAAGCUGUUACAACCGAAUCACCACAACCAAAAGGACGUGUCACGGGCUUGAAAAAAGGUUCUGUUUAUCAAUUCCGUGUACGUGCCGUUAACAAAGCCGGACCAUCCGAACCGAGCGAUUCAACGAAGCCUCAUGUUGCUAAGGCAAGAUACUUGAAACCACACAUCAACCGCGAGAAACUACAAACGAUCAAAGUAAGAACAGGUCAAUCGGUGAAACUAGAAGUCGACAUCGAAGGUGAACCACCACCAACAGUCAGUUGGAUCUUCGGUGGUGCAGAGCUCCAAACUGGAGCCAACGUGAAGAUCGAUAAUGAAGAUUAUCUAACAAAGAUUCAGUUGACUCAAACUAGCCGAAAACUCAGUGGCAAAUAUACCAUCAAAGCCGUAAAUUCUUCUGGACAGGACGAAGCUGACGUUGAAAUUAUAAUUCUCGAUAAGCCUGGAAAACCAGAGGGACCUCUCGAAGUGACAGAUGUUCACAAGGAGGGAUGCAAAUUAAAAUGGAACAAGCCAAGGGACGACGGUGGUUUACCUUUGUCUGGUUACUUGGUCGAGAAAAUGGAUACAACGACAGGUCGAUGGGUAUCAGCUGGAAUUGUCGAUCCUGACAAAACAGAGCUAACUCUGACUGGCUUGGAACCUGGCAAGAGAUACGAGUUCCGCGUGAAAGCUAUGAACGAGGAAGGAGAAUCAGAUCCUCUGCAGACGGACGUUCCUAUCCUCGCUAAGAAUCCUUACGACGUACCUGGUGCACCUGGUCUACCAGAGAUCAUCGACUGGGCCGAGAAUAUGGUGAAACUCAAAUGGGAGCCACCACUUCGAGAUGGUGGAGCAUCUAUCACAGGAUAUAUAAUUGAAAUGAAAGAUAAGUUUGGUACUACUUUUGUAAAGGCUGCAGAGAUCGAUAAACCGGUUUGUACGGGAACAGUGACUCGAUUAGAAGAAGGAAAUCAAUAUCAAUUCAGAGUUCGAGCGGUGAAUAAAGCCGGUCCUGGUGAACCUAGCGAAGCUACCAAUCCUCACACUGCCAAAGCUCGUUGGUUGAAACCAUUCAUCGAUCGUACCAAUUUGCAACAGAUAACUGUGAAAGUUGGUCUUACCGUAACUUUGGAUGUGAACAUCAUCGGUGAACCACCACCAAAUGUGACUUGGUAUUAUAAGGAAAAAGAGCUUAAAUCGGACGAUACAAUACGUAUCGAUAAUAUUGAUUACAAUACCAAAUUCUUCAUUUUGAAGACUAAGAGAGCUCAUACCGGUACAUACGUAAUCAAAGCGAAGAAUGAAGUUGGCGAGGAUACUGCCGAUGUCGAGAUAAUCGUCAUUGGUAAACCAAGCAAACCAAAAGGUCCUCUAGAAAUCUCCGACGUGAACAAACACGGUUGCAAAUUGAAAUGGGAGAAACCCGAUGAUGACGGUGGUGUGCCAAUCGAAUACUACGAGAUCGAAAAAUUGGAUCCUCUUACCGGGCAAUGGAUCCCUUGCGGGAAGUCCGUGGAGCCGGAAGCUACUAUAACCGGGCUCCAGGAAGGCAAACCGUACAAAUUCCGCGUAAAAGCGGUAAAUCGCGAAGGUGAAUCCGACGACUUGGAAGCGGAUAAAUCUAUCAUAGCUAAAAAUCCAUUCGACGAGCCAGGCAAACCUGGUCGUCCAGAACUUAAAAAUUGGGAUAAAGACUUCGUUGAUCUCGAAUGGACGCCACCAAAGGACGACGGUGGUGCUCCAAUUGAGAAAUACAUCGUGCAGAUGAGAGACAAAGAAGGACGGCAAUGGAUAGACGUCGCUAAGGUUCUUGGAGAUCGUACUGUUGCCAAGGUCACCGAUGGCAUCGAAGAAGGUCACGAAUAUGAGUUCAGAGUGGUUGCUGUUAAUAGAGCAGGUCCUGGUGAACCCAGCGACACGUCGAAGAGUGUUGUGGCCAAACCGCGAUUCUUGGCACCAAUGAUCGAUCGCAAGAAUCUACAGAAGAAAGUUAUGCGAAUGGGACAAUUAUUACGAAUCGAAGCAAAUAUACAAGGUGAACCACCACCACUCGUUACUUGGAAACUCAAGGAUGCCGUGCUUAAGAGCAUGGAUCGUCUCAAGAUUGAAAAUGAAGACUAUCACACCACUUUUAUUAUAAGCAAACUGCAAAGAUCAGAUGGUGGUACUUACACUGUUAUUGCCAAGAAUGACAGCGGUACCGAUCAAGUUGACGUUGAGAUCCAUGUAUUGAGCAAACCUGGCAAACCAAAAGGACCACUCGAUGUGUCAAACGUGACAGCAGAGGGAUGUAAAUUGAAAUGGGAGAAACCGGACGACGAUGGUGGCGAGCCAGUCGAUCAUUAUGUCAUUGAGAGGAUGGACGUUGAUACCGGAAGAUGGGUACCUUGCGCCACGAGCAAAACUCCAGAGGCAGAUAUCACUGGCCUCAACGAAGGCAAGGAUUAUAUGUUCCGGGUGAAAGCUGUCAAUUCCGAAGGUGAAUCCGAACCAUUGGAGACACUGAUUCCAACCACUGCCAAGAAUCCUUAUACCGAGCCAGACGCUCCAGGCAAGCCAGAUCUGAAAGACUGGUCCAAGCAGCACGUCGAUCUAAAAUGGAAAGCGCCGAAGAAAGACGGUGGAGCGCCGAUCGAGAAGUACAUAAUCGAAAAGAAAGAUCAGUACGGAAAAUGGCAGAAAGCUGCCGAAGUUCCUGGAGACAAAACAGAAGGCAGAGUCGAAGGCCUCAUCGAAGGUCAGAAAUAUCAAUUCCGUGUGAAAGCCGUGAACAAAGGUGGUCAGAGCAAACCCAGCGAACCAAGCGACAAUCUAGUCGCCAAGGAUCGUUACGCAGCACCAAAGAUCGAUCGUACAAACUUGAAGGACCUAACAAUCAAAGCUGGCACUCACAUUCGAUUAGACGUGAAAGUUACAGGUGAACCACCUCCAACGAAGACGUGGUAUCUUAACAAAGUCAAACAAGAACCUGGUGGCGUGUUGAAUGUCGAGGUAGAAGAUUACAGAACCAAAUAUUUGAUAUCGUCAGCUAGCAGAUCUCAUUCUGGCACGUUAACGUUGAAAGCAGAGAAUAGCUCUGGAAAAGACGAAGCCUCGAUAGAAAUUAUAGUCUUGGAUAAGCCUGGAAAACCAGAGGGUCCUCUAAAAGUGUCUGACGUGCAUAAAGAAGGAUGCACGCUGAAAUGGAAUCCACCUUUGGAUGAUGGUGGUACACCGUUGGAUCAUUAUGUAGUUGAGAAAAUGGAUACUGAAACAGGAAGGUGGAUACCAGUGGGACGUACGAAAGAGCCUACUAUGGUGGUGGAGAAUUUGACACCUGGUCAGGAAUACAAGUUCCGAGUUUCUGCUGUGAACUCUGAAGGCGAGUCGGAACCUCUGGAAACUGACCAUGGAAUCGUUGCCAAGAAUCCAUUUGACGAACCUGGUCCUCCUGGUCGACCAGAGGCAGCCGAUUGGGACAAGGAUCACAUAGACCUAAGAUGGACUCCACCCUUAAACGAUGGUGGAUCUCCAAUCACUGGGUACAUAAUUGAGAAACGCGAGAAAGACAGUCCACGAUGGAUAAAGGCUUGUGAAACCGGACCUGAGUGCAAAGGACGCGUCGAUAAUCUCGACGAAGGUGUCGAGUACGAGUUCCGUGUGAAAGCAGUUAACAUUGCUGGACCUGGUGAACCAUCCGAAACCAGCAAACCGAUUACAGCGAAAAGUCGACGACUUGCACCUAAGAUCGACAGGAAGAACUUGCGCGACAUCACGGUACGCGAGAACGAAGCGUUCCACUUUGAUGUCAAAAUCAUCGGAGAACCACCACCAGAUGUUACAUGGCUUCUUAAUAACAAGAGUAUUCAACAAACAACGUUCCGUAGGAUACAGAACGUUCCAUAUAAUAGCAAGUUCUUUAAUGACAAACCCGAACGAAAGGACACUGGUAUUUAUAAAAUCACGGCUAUCAAUCAGUAUGGAUCUGACACAGCAGAAGUGGAAGUCACAGUUGUCUCUAAACCUGGAAAACCCGAAGGACCACUCGAAGUAUCCGAUAUUCACGCAGAAGGAUGCACCCUCAAAUGGAAGAAACCAAAGGACGACGGUGGAGAACCGAUCGAUGGAUACCUCGUGGAGAAAUUUGAUCCAGAUACUGGUGUUUGGUUACCAGUUGGUAAGACGACAGGACCGGAAAUGAAGGUAGAAGGACUGACACCUGGACACGAGUACAAGUUCAGAGUAAAGGCGCUUAACAAAGAAGGAGAAUCGGAACCAUUGGAGACAUUCAGCUCCAUCGUGGCCAAAGAUCCAUUCACCGUACCAAGUCCUCCUGGUGCACCAGAACCAGUUGAUUGGACCGCCAACCAGGUUGAGCUUACUUGGAAAGAACCAGUCAGCGAUGGUGGAUCACCUAUCACCGGAUACAUCAUCGAGAAGAAAGACAAAUACAGCACAAUGUGGGAAAAGGCUUUGGAAAUCGAAGUACCAACCACGAAAGGUCUUGUUCAUGGACUCAUCGAGGGCAACGACUACCUGUUCCGCGUGAUAGCUGUGAACAAAGCUGGACAAUCAGAGCCUAGCGAUACCAGCAAAACAUUCACCGCCAAACCACGUUAUCUGGCACCCAAGAUCGAUCGGCGCAAUCUCCGUGAUGUUACACUGUCGGCUGGUUCGCUAUUGAGAUUCGACGCUAAUGUGAUCGGCGAACCACCACCGCACAUCGACUGGCGUUACGGCGCUAUUCCUCUGCAUUCCGACAGAAAGGUGCAGAUCGACAAUUCCGAUUACAGCACGAAAUUCAGCAUACGUCCGGUGUCACGGGACGACAGCGGUGAUUAUACUGUCACGGCCAUUAAUUCUUCUGGAAGAGAUUCUGUCACCGUACAAGUCACGGUUACCGACAAGCCAAUGCCACCUGAAGGUCCGCUUCAGGUAUCGGACGUGCACAAAGAAGGAUGCAAGCUGAAAUGGAAAAGACCGAAGGACGAUGGCGGUACGCCUAUCGAAUAUUACCAAGUGGACAAAAUGGACCCGGAGACUGGAUGCUGGGUACCUUGCGGACGAUCUACCGAACCUGCUUUGGAAGUAAGUGGAUUGACACCAGGCAAAGAAUAUCUAUUCCGAGUUAGCGCUGUAAACGCCGAGGGUGAAUCUAAACCUCUGGAAGCUGAACAAGCAAUUCUAGCUAAGAACCCAUACGACGAGCCAGACAAACCAGGCGAUCUCCGUGUCACCGACUGGGACAAGGACCACGUUGAUCUUACGUGGAUACCGCCAGCGAACGACGGCGGUUCGCCAAUUACUGGCUACAUAAUUGAGAAGAAAGAUAAAUACGGCGAAUGGGAGAAGGCCUUAGAAGUACCAGCGGACGAGACAUCUGCCACUGUUCCCGACUUAAUAGAAGGCCAACCGUACGAGUUCCGCGUGCGAGCCGUAAACAAAGCUGGCCCUGGCGAACCUUCUGAUCCAACGCCAACGAUCAUUGCCAAGCCACGAAACCUACCACCGAAAAUCGAUCGUACAAAUCUGGUGGAGGUCAGAAUCAAAGCUGGUCAGAACUUCGGCUUUGACGUGAAGGUUACGGGCGAGCCUCCUCCAGUAACGAGAUGGAUGUUAGCCAAACGCGAGGUUCGACCCACCGAGCGUAUAAAAGUGAAACACGUGGAUUACAAUACGAGUCUCCACGUGAAAAUGGCUAGCAGAGCAGAGUCUGGAAAGUAUCAGAUCAUUGCUGAGAAUAUAAACGGCAUGGACGAGGAGUUUGUGAAGGUGACAGUUUUGGAUAUACCGAGCCCGCCACAGGGACCACUGAGAGCGUCUGACGUGCACGCAGAAGGAUGUAAAUUGUCUUGGAAACCACCGGAGGACGAUGGUGGCCAACCAAUCGAUAAGUAUGUCGUUGAGAAAAUGGAUGAAACGACUGGUCGUUGGGUGCCUGCAGGAGAGACCGAUGGACCAGAGACUUCGUUGAAUGUGGAAGGACUUACGCCAGGGCACAAGUACAAGUUCAGAGUUCGCGCGGUGAAUAAGCAAGGGAAAUCGGAGCCGCUCACAGCGGCGCAGAGCAUCGAGGCGAAGAAUCCAUUUGACGAACCAGGAAAACCUGGCACGCCGACUAUCUCCGAUUACGACUCGGACUUUGUCGAACUUCAAUGGGAUCGUCCACAAGAAGAUGGUGGUUCACCCAUUACUGGUUACAUCAUAGAGAAACGAGACAAGUAUAGUCCUACCUGGGAGAAAUGUGCAGAAGUCGAGGGUGACGUGAAUCGUGGAAAGGUGCCCGAUCUCGUGGAGGGCACGCAUUACGAAUUCCGUGUUAGAGCUGUUAACAAGGCUGGACCCGGUGAACCUUCUGACGCUUCUAAAUCUCACUUGGCUCGACCUAAGAAUCUUCCACCAAAGAUCGACAGAAAGUACAUGCUGGAUGUGAAAGUGAAGGCCGGUGGCUUCUUCGACUUCGACGUUCCUGUUAUCGGUGAACCGCCACCAACUAAACAAUGGUCGCUAAAAGGAACAGUACUCAUAGCAAACGAUCGUAUCAAGAUCAUAAACGAAGACUACAACACCAAAGUCCGUGUGAUCGAGGCAAAACGUUCCGAUGCUGGUGUCUACACUCUCGAAGCAAAGAACAUCAACGGCAGAGACAGUGCUACCCUAAAUGUAAACGUCCUGGACAUUCCGGCGCCACCAGAAGGACCUCUGAAGAUCGACAACGUGACAAAGAACGGUUGCAAUCUGAAAUGGCGCCCACCAAAGGACGACGGUGGCUCAGAAAUUCUAUAUUACCAAGUCGAGAAGAUGGACACAGAAAACAUGAGAUGGGUGCCUGUAGCAGAGGCUUCUUCCACUUCUGCGCAGGUGGAUCACUUGAUCGAAGGCCACGAUUAUCAGUUCCGUGUACGUGCUGUGAACAAACAAGGAGAAUCGUUGCCACUCGUUGGUAUAGAUACUAUCACCGCGAAGGACCCGUACGAUAAGCCUGACAAACCUGGAGCACCUGUUGCCACUGAUUGGGAUAAGGAUUUCGUGGACUUGGAAUGGACACCACCGAAGAAAGACGGUGGAUCACCUAUCACUGGAUAUAUUAUUGAGAAGAAACCUCGUUUCGGUUCGUGGGAGAAAGCUUUGGAGGUCGAUGGAGCUAAAACUAACGCCAGGAUACCGGAUUUGGUCGAAGGUCAAGAGUAUGAGUUUAGAGUCAUUGCUGUUAAUAAAGCUGGUCCUGGAGAACCAUCUGAAGCUUCAUCUCCUAUCGUGGCGAAACCACGACGGCUUGCUCCAUCUUUCGAUCCACAUGCAUUGAGCGACAUGGUUGUUCGAGCUGGACAAAAGAUCAGCUAUAUCAUUCCUAUCCAAGCAUCGCCUAAACCUAUAGCUACAUGGACUUUAGACGGAGACGUGAUCAUGGCCGAUUCUCGCCAUGAAAUGUUCACUACUCACACUGAAACCACCUUUGAAAUUCCAUUCUCCGUCCGCUCUGACACUGGUCGUUAUGCUUUAACAUUGCAGAACGAGCACGGAAAGUUCAGUUCAAGCGCCAGAGUCACCGUCCUCGACAGACCAUCACCACCACAGAAACCACUCGACAUCAGCAAGAUCACCAAGGAAGGUUGCCACUUGACAUGGGGUCAUCCACUGGACGAUGGUGGCAGUCCUAUAUUGCAUUAUAUUAUCGAAAAGAUGGAUUUGUCUCGAGGUACUUGGUCCGAUGCUGGUAUGAGCACGAUAUUGAGUCACGAGGUAGCACGAUUGACGCAUCGCAAGGAAUAUCUGUUCCGUGUGAAAGCUGUAAACAGCAUCGGAGAAUCCGAGCCGCUCGAAGCAUCAAAGAGUAUUGUCGCCAAGAAUUUGUUCGACGAACCCGAUGCUCCUGGAAGACCACAGAUCACAGACUGGGACAAAGAUCACGUCGACCUGCAAUGGCCAGAGCCAGCAAGCGAUGGUGGUUCUCCCAUUACGGAAUACAUUGUUCAGAAGAAAGAAAAAGGUAGCCCAUACUGGGUCAACGCGAUUCACGUUCCUCCAAAUCAGACAAGUACAACCGUGCCUGAUUUAACGGAGGGACAAGAGUACGAAUUCCGUGUAAUAGCUGUUAAUGCUGCUGGACAAUCAGAGCCAUCGGAGCCAAGCGACCUCAUCACUGCCAAACCUCGUUAUCUUGCUCCGAAGAUCAAAACGCCUUUGCAAGACAUUCGAGUCAAGGCUGGCCUCAUCUUCCACGUCGAUAUCGACUUUGUCGGUGAACCGACUCCAGAAGUCACCUGGACUGUUGGAAGUAAAGAAUUGGAGACCACGAAUAGAACAACUGUUACCUCAAUUGGUUAUCACACUAUUGUUCACACCGUUAACGCUCAAAGAUCUGAUUCCGGAUUGUAUCACUUGCUACUAAAGAACAGUAGCGGAAUAGACGAAGGUAGCUUCCAAGUUAUCGUUCUCGACAGACCCAGCCCACCGGAAGGUCCUCUGCAAUACGAAGAGAUCACAAGUCAAUCGGUCACCUUGUCAUGGAAACAACCUAAAGAUAAUGGUGGUAGUGAGAUCACUGGAUACGUAAUCGAGAAACGUGAUUUGACCCACGGUGGCGGUUGGGUUCCAGCUGUAACACACGUGAAUCCGAAAUAUACCCACGCCACAGUACCAAGAUUACUCGAAGGUACAACAUAUGAGUUUAGGGUAAGCGCGGAGAACCUUCAAGGACGUUCGGAUCCUCUAACUACCGAUCACUCGAUCGUCGCUAAGAACCAAUUCGUUGCACCUGGACAACCUGGUAAACCAGAAUGCGUCGACGCGGACAAAGACCACAUCAAGAUCAAAUGGGCAGCGCCAAUCAGCAACGGUGGAUCAAAGAUCAUCGGUUACGACGUGGAACGACGCGAUCGUGCAACUGGUCGCUGGUUGAAGUUAACUAAAGAACCAGUGAAAAAUACCGAAUAUUACGACGAUCACGUAACCGAGGGACACCAAUACGAAUACCGGGUCACUGCAAUAAAUGCAGCUGGCUCGGGCAAACCUAGCGACACGUCCGCUGUAUUUAUCGCGAAACCAAUGAAAGAGAAACCGAAAUUGAACCUGGACGCGCUGAUUGGACGCAAGAUCAAGGUUCGCGCCGGAGAACCGAUCAAUGUUAACAUUCCAUUGUCCGGCGCGCCAACCCCCACUGUCGAAUGGACCAAGAAUGCGAAGCCCCUUUUCGAAACUCUUCGAAUAUCGACCGAAACCAAGAGCGACCGCACGAACUUGUUGGUCGAAAAGUCCGUUCGAGAAGAUGGCGGUAUUUACACAGUCACAGCGACGAACGAGCAUGGAAAGGACUCAGCAGACAUCGAAGUUACCGUGGUCGAUAGGCCAGGUCCACCUCAAGGUCCCUUACAAUACACUGGUACCACGCAAGAUUCUGUAUCCUUAUCUUGGAAUAAACCUCUGGACGAUGGUGGAUCCGACAUCACCAACUACAUCGUCGAAGUAUCAGAGUUCGGAGUUGAUAACUGGCGUCAAACACCAGGAUACUGUCCAAGAACGAGCUACACCGCCAAAGGUCUCAGCGAGGGCAAGAAAUACGUAUUCAGAGUACGAGCUGAAAAUAUGUAUGGUGUGUCUGAACCAUUGGAAGGCAAACCAGUUAUCGCCAAGAGUCCAUACGAUCCACCAGAUGCACCUAGUCAACCCGAAAUCCUUGGAUACACUCCCAAUAGUUGCAGCCUUUUCUGGAAUGCACCGCUUAAUACUGGUGGCAAACCUAUUACUGGAUAUUACGUUGAAAGACGAGAACGCGGUGGCGAAUGGCUCAAAGUCAACAAUUAUCCGACUCCGAAUACAACAUUCACGGUGCAAGAUCUUCACGAAGGAUCUAAAUAUGAAUUCAGAGUCAUUGCUGUUAACGAAGCUGGAUCUAGUAAACCCAGUAAACCAACUGAGCCUAUCACUGCUGGACAUCAGCGUUUGCGUCCUGAUGCCCCCGACCCACCGAAACCAGACAGAAUAACGAAAGAUUCUGUCACACUAAGCUGGCGACCACCACGCAGCGACGGUGGUGCUAAGAUCAGAGGCUAUUUCGUCCAAAUAAAGCAAAGAGGCCAGGACGAAUGGGACGAUGUAAACGGUGCUCCAAUACCAACCAACGUGUAUACAGUACCAAAACUCAACGAAGGAGAAGAAUACCUGUUCAGAGUGAUCGCAGUGAAUGAUGUCGGAAGAAGCGAUCCAAGUAAACCAAGUAAUCCGAUCGUUAUCGAGGAACAACCGAACAAACCUGUCAUGGAUCUCGGAGGAGUUCGUGACAUCACCGUUCGUGCUGGUGAAGACUUCUCCAUUCACGUGCCUUAUAUUGGUUUCCCCAAACCCGUUGCCACGUGGUAUGCUAACGAUGUUGUCAAGGAUGAGACUGAUUCACGUGUACAUCAACAAUUGGGUGACGACUAUGCCAGUCUUGUGGUAAAGAAUGCAAAACGUUCGGACGGUGGACAGUAUCGUCUCCAGUUGCGCAAUUCUUCCGGUUUCGACACCGCCACCGUGAACGUUAAGGUGCUAGAUCGUCCAUAUCCACCUCAAAAUCUACAUGCUGAUGAAUUUGGCGGAGAUGCUCUUACACUGUUCUGGAACCCACCAAAAGACAAUGGAGGCGCAGAUAUCACGAACUAUGUCGUUGAGAGACGAGAACCAAAGGGAUCGUGGUCUAAGGUGAGCAGCUAUGUGACGACACCAUUCUGCCGAGUAAGAAAUCUAACAGUCGGAAGCGUAUACGAAUUCCGAGUGAUGGCUGAAAACCAAUACGGUACUUCGGAUCCUGUAACUACGAUAGAUCCGAUCAAGGCUAGACAUCCAUUCGAUCCACCUGGAGCACCUGGAACUCCAAGAAGCGUUGAAACGUCGGAGGAUAGCAUUACCAUUACUUGGACCAAGCCUCGACAUGAUGGAGGUUCACCUAUCCUUGGAUACACUGUUGAGAAACGACUAUUGAGCGAAGACAAAUGGACAAAAGCUACUCCAUCUCUCGUUCAUGACACUACUUACAGAGUGACUGGUCUGAUAGAGAAUUAUGACUACGAGUUCCGCGUAGCGGCAGAAAAUGCAGCUGGAAAAGGACCAUGGAGUUCCAACUCCGAUGUGAUCAGAGCCAGUGCAGCACCAUUCCCACCAAAGAUCACGUCUGACCUCAGCAUCCGUGACAUGACGGUGAUUGCCGGAGAACCAUUCACGAUAACCGUUCCUUUCAAUGCGAAUCCAAAACCAAGACCAAGUUGGUCCAUCAACGGCGAGGAAGUCCUUACAGGCGAUAGAAUCAAAUUCGACACAACCGAUAUUGCCUCGCAGUUCAUCAACAAGAAGGCCAAGAGAUCUGAUACAGGAACAUACACAAUCUAUCUUACGAACACCGUUGGCACAGAUUCUGCUUCGUGCAGGGUUCUCGUCGUCGAUAAACCAUCUCCACCACAAGGACCACUUGACAUUUCUGAUAUCACUCCUGAAACUUGUACGUUGUCUUGGAAACCUCCGUUAGAUGAUGGUGGUUCACCCGUUACAAACUACGUCGUUGAAAAAUUGGAUCCAGCUGGCUAUUGGGUGAAACUCAGCAGUUUCGUAAGAAACACUCACUACGACGUGAUCGGUCUUGAACCUAAUCGUACAUACAACUUCCGUGUUCGUGCGGAGAAUCAGUAUGGGGUAUCAGAACCCUUGCAAGCCGAUGAACCGAUUACCGCGAAAUUCCCAUUCACGGUGCCCGACGCACCUGGGCAACCACGUGUUAUCGAUUGGGAUACUUCGAACGCGACUGUGGUAUGGACCCGACCGAUGUCCGAUGGUGGAUCUCGUAUUCAAGGUUACAAGAUCGAAUUCCGCGAUCCUGCGGACGAUGCCACAUGGCGAGUGGCGAACGACUACCUGGUCAAAGACACCACCUACAUCUGUUACAACCUAUUAAGCGGACACGAGUAUGAGUUUAGAAUACGCGCAAAGAACGCAGCUGGUUUCAGCAAACCUAGCCCACCAUCGGCACCAUUCAAGCUAAAGAGCAAGUUCAACGUGCCUUCACCGCCAGGCACGCCGCAGGUCGUAAAGGUUGGCAGGAACUACGUGGAUCUCAAAUGGGAAGCCCCGAUCUCCGAUGGAGGAAGCCGCAUCACCGGUUACGUGAUCGAGAAACGGGAGGUCGGAAGCGCACUCUGGGCCAAGUGCAACGAGUACAACGCCAUCGAUACAGAGUACACCGUUCUGAAUCUGAUGGAACGGGGAGACUACGAAUUCCGAAUCUUCGCGGUGAACGCCGCCGGAAGAUCAGAGCCAAGCUCUUGCACUACUCCGGUGAAGAUCUGCGAGGUCGAGGGUGGCGAGAAACCAGAAUUCGUCAAACCUCUGCCGAUCAGCACGAACGUGCCACUUGGCAAAACUUUGGUCCUCGAGUGCGAGGCUGUUGGAAAACCAUUGCCGACCGCAAGGUGGCUAAAGAACGGCAGAGAGAUCACAAUCGGCGGUCGUUUCCGCACCGAAGCUUUCGACGGAAUCUACAGACUGAUCAUAUCCGAUGUCAUGGACGCCGACAACGGCGACUAUAGCUGUCAAAUCUCAAACCCACUCGGUUUAGCUACCACGACUGGCCGUCUAAAGAUCGGUUCUCCGCCUCGUAUCGAGCGCAUGCCAGACUAUCUGUAUCUAGCCGAGAACGACAACACGAAGAUCAAGAUCUACUACAGCGGCGACCAACCGAUGAACAUCACUCUGAAGAAAGACGGUCAGAAGAUCGUCGAAACCACUCACAUCAAGUACACCGUGUUCGACGAAUACCUCAUCAUCUUCAUCAAAGACAUUCAGAAAGAAGACGCCGGUGUGUACGAUCUAUCGAUCUCGAACGACAGCGGUAGCGUGAGCGGUUCGUUCAACGUGUACAUCACCGGACUACCUGGACCACCAACCGGACCUCUCGACAUUACAGAUAUUAACAAACAUACGUGCACUCUCAGCUGGCGACCACCUAAAUUCGACGGUGGCCUUCGUGUCACUCAUUACAUGGUCGAACGUCGUGACGUCAGUCAUACUCACUGGAUCAUAGUUUCCUCGUUCUGCAAGGAUUGCUCCUUCUUGGUACAAGGUCUGAUCGAAGGACAAGAGUAUCUGUUCCGCGUGAUGGCCGUGAACGACAACGGAAUGGGACCUCCUCUCGAGGGACUCAAUCCUAUCAAGGCUAAGGCACCGUUCGAUCCCCCUGGUCCUCCGGGAACGCCAAAGGUCACCGAGGUUGGCGGAGACUUCGUGAAUUUGUCGUGGGAGAGACCAGAAUCGGAUGGCGGCUCGAAGAUUCAAGGCUACUGGAUCGACAAACGCGAGGUCGGUAGCCAAGCCUGGCAACGCGUGAACGUGGCCAUCUGUCUACCAACUCAGAUCAAUAUCAGCAACUUAAUCGAAGGAAGGCAGUACGAGUUCCGAGUAUUCGCUCAGAACGCUGCUGGCAUUGGGCCAGAGUCGAAGGCCUCGACUUCCGUGAAGAUCACCGAUCCUCAAGCGGCCAAAGCUCCAGAGGUGAUUCAACCUCUGCACAAGGUGAGCUGCGUGCAGAACCACAACGCUCAGUUCGUCUGUAAGAUCGUUGGCAUUCCAAGGCCGACGAUCACGUGGUUCAAGGGAGCUCGCGAGAUCGUCAGUGGAUCUCGGUACAACAUAUACUCGGAGGGCGAUGUGCACACGCUGAUCAUUAACGACGUAUUUGGAGAGGACGCGGACGAGUACGUCUGUCGCGCUGUGAACAAGUGCGGAGUCAAAUCGACCAAGGGUGAACUUCUGAUCAAGACGCUCCCGAAACUGAACGUACCGCCGAGGUUCAGAGAUACCGCGUUCUUCGACAAAGGUGUCAACGUGGUGAUUAAGAUUCCGUUUACCGGCUACCCGAAACCGAAGAUCACCUGGGUCAGAGAGGGAGAGGUGAUCGAGUCCGGAGGACACUACACCGUAGACGUGAAGGAAAGGCACGCUGUACUCACGAUCAUAGACGGCAGUCGUAUCGAUUCUGGACCUUACCGAAUCACCGCUGAGAACGACAUGGGUCAAGACUCAGCGAUCAUCAAAAUACAAAUUAGCGACAGACCGGAUCCACCGAGAUUCCCGCAGGUGGACAACGUUGGUCACGACUCGUUGGCUCUAACGUGGAAGCCACCGGUCUGGGACGGUGGCAGCAACAUCACUAACUAUCUCGUAGAGAAGCGAGAGCAUCCGAUGACCAGCUGGAUCAGAGUUGGCAAUACCAGAUUUUGCUCUAUGGCGGUUACUGGCCUCAGUCCUGGACAACAGUACGACUUCCGUAUUUGCGCUGAGAAUAUCUAUGGAAGAUCUGAUCCGAGCGAAGUGACGCCGUUGAUCACGACGAAGGGAACUAUCAAGAGAGAGUACAAACAGAAGGAGUACAAGGUGGACGAGACUGGCAAGAAGAUCCGUGGACGAAGCGACGAGAAGCCACGAGAUUACGAUCAAUUUGUGUUUGACAUUUAUAGCAAACAUGUUCCACAGCCGGUUGAGAUCAAACACAUCUCGGUGUACGAUAGAUAUGAUAUUCUCGAGGAGAUUGGAACUGGCGCGUUCGGUGUGGUGCAUCGUUGUCGCGAAAAAUCUACCGGGAACAUAUUCGCGGCCAAGUUUAUCCCUGUGUCUCAUGUGAUGGAGAAGGAACUGAUUAGGAAGGAGAUUGAUAUAAUGAAUCAGCUGCAUCAUCCGAAGUUGAUCAAUCUCCACGACGCAUUCGAAGACGAUGACGAGAUGGUGUUGAUAUUCGAGUUCUUGUCCGGUGGUGAACUCUUCGAGAGAAUCACAGCGGAAGGCUACAUCAUGUCCGAGGCAGAAGUUAUCAAUUAUAUGAGACAGAUUUGCGAAGCCGUGAAACAUAUGCAUGAAAAGAACAUCAUACACUUAGAUAUCAAACCUGAGAAUAUCAUGUGCCAGACACGCAAGAGCACCAAUGUCAAAUUGAUUGACUUUGGCUUAGCUACGAAGCUCGAUCCUAACGAGGUAGUCAAGAUUAGCACUGGCACUGCUGAAUUUGCUGCACCUGAAAUCGUUGAACGCGAACCUGUCGGUUUCUACACGGACAUGUGGGCUUGUGGUGUCUUAGCCUACGUUUUAUUAAGCGGCCUUUCGCCGUUUGCCGGAGACAAUGACAUCGAGACUUUGAAGAACGUUAAGGCCUGCGACUGGGACUUCGACGAAGAAGCGUUCCGCGAUGUCUCCGAAGAAGGCAAAGAUUUCAUUAGGCGAUUGCUCAUCAAGAACAAAGAGAAACGUAUGACCGCCCAUGAAUGUCUCCUUCAUCCGUGGUUGACCGGAGAUCACAGCAACCGUACAACACCAAUUGCAAGCAGUCGAUACCUGAGCUUCAGAGACAGGCUACGAGCUAAAUAUGAGAACUGGAACAAAUAUGUUCUUCCGAUUGGUCGACUAGCUGAAUAUUCUUCGCUGAGAAAGCUGUUGAUCGACAAAUACAAGAUCUAUGAUUCUUGCUUCGAUCGACGACAAGCGGCACCAAGAUUCGUCAUCAAACCUACAAGUGCAUUCGCGUACGAAGGACAGAGCGUGAAGUUCACGUGCCGUGUAAUCGCGAUCGCCUCACCAACUCUCACGUGGUUCCACAAUAAUCAGGAACUCAGACAGUCCGUGAAAUUCAUGAAACGAUAUCAUGGCGAUGAUUACACGUUCAUCAUUAACAGAGUGAAACUAGAGGACAGAGGAGAGUACGUGAUCAGGGCAGAGAAUCAUUACGGCUACAGAGAGGAGGUUGUUUUCCUAAACGUACAACCGUUACCGAAGCAGAUUCCAAAAUACAGACCAGAACUGCAUCCAGUCCGAAGGAGAGAACCACUCGGCUACAACGUCUGGUUGGAGACCAUCGAAUCGGCACCAAGCUUCACCUUCCUCCUUCGACCGCGUGUCAUCCAAGUCAGACAAAACUGCAAACUACUUUGCUGCCUUGCUGGCAAUCCAGCGCCAACGGUGAAAUGGUACAAAGACAAGGAUGAAUUGUCCAAGCUUCAUUAUUCGAUGACGAACGCGGAUGGUGUUGUCACGAUGGAAAUCAUCGAUUGCAAACCAGAGGACAGUGGCAAAUAUCGUUGCGUUGCAACGAACAAACACGGAAAGGAUGAGACUAGUUGUGUUGUUAUCGUUGAAGGCACUGGCGAAACAGAAGAGCAACAGAAAUUAGCGCACGACCUCCUACAUUCCGGAGAUCGAAAAUUCAUCGAGCAACCACUGAAACCAGCACCACCUCCGAUCAUAACGGUACAUAAAGCCGGUGGAUACAGUGGCUACAGUUCCACUACUACACAGGGUCACAAUUAUAGUAGUUCAUAUAAAGCUACAGAUUCCAGCACAGAAAAGCGAAGUACUAAGAAAUACGGACUCGACAGCACAGGCAGUCCAUCUCGUUCUAGGAGUACAACAAAAGAAUUAACUUAUCCUCCGGAUGAAUCGAUGAGAGCACCGCAAUUCACGAAAAAAUUGAAUGAUCUCACUAUCAACGACGGUGAACAACUGGAACUUAACGCAAAAGUUGACGGUGAUCCAGAACCACAAAUUACUUGGUCCAAGAAUGGCAAGACGUUGAGUUCCUCGGGAAUUAUGAGCUUGAAGUAUAAAGGCGGAGUCGCAACUCUCGUUAUCAACGAGGUGUUCCCUGAAGACGAGGGCGAGUACGUUUGUCAAGCAAGCAAUAGCAUCGGUACCGUAACUACUUCCUGCAAAUUAACUGUGAAACCCAUGACAGGCGCAGCCGCGAAGGAAAGGACCGACGACAAGCCUCCAAAGAUUGUAGAUCAUGUGACUAGUAUGUUCGUAAAGGAUGGUGAAGCGGUAACCCUGAGUUGUCGAAUAAUCGGUGCGAAGAAGUUCGACGUGGUCUGGCUUCACAACAACAAGGAAAUCAAACCUAGCAAGGACUUCCAAUAUAGCAGCGAGGCUAAUAUCUAUAAAUUGAACAUUGCCGAAAUCUUCCCUGAAGACUCUGGCACUUAUACCUGCGAGGCAUUCAAUGACGCAGGAGAGAGCUUCUCAUCGUGCACAUUAAACGUACUUGUUCCAAAUGAGGAACCGAAGAGUCCAGUUUUCACGACAUUCCCACAAUCCGCAACGGUAAGCGAAGGCGAAUCGGUUACAUUCGUAUGCAAGACUGAAACCGCGCCUCUGAAAGUAACGUGGUUGAAAGACGGAAAAACGCUCCCAGAAUCUAGCAGCAGAUACCUCUUCAGCUCAGACGGUGACAAAUCAUUCGAGUUGCGUAUCAAAGCAUGUACAGCUAGCGACGUGGGUCAGUAUGUUGCUCGCGCGAUCGGCAAGAAGGGUGAGACCAACGCUGCUUUCGCCCUGAACGUUACCAACGAAUAGUGAAAUCAUUGAUUUCACGCGUAUCAAAACGCAACACGACAAGUCUCUAGAACAUUAUCGGGAGGACAACGAUACAAGAAGAAAACUAUGUAAAAAUGAACUAUAUAAAUGUGCAACUUGAAAAUAAUCGCGGUCAUAGGCGACGUAAUGCUCGUGUAUAAAAGAGAAAUUGGAAAACUACUGUAUUUAUGCUAUUCUAUAUGUAAAUUAUCAUGGAAGGCUAUAUUUACUUUUUGUGUGCUUGUCAUAUCGCAAAAGAAAAAAAAAAAAAACAAAACAUGUCACUAUAUGAUAAAAGAAGAAUCCAAAGCGUUAAGCAAUACGGAUAGCACGCGCAAUCUAUACGCUAAUACGAGCUUUGCUGUAUACACGAAUUAGCAUAUUUUAAGUACACAAUCGUACACAAACGGCAGUGUAAGUUAUAAACGGAAAACUUUCAUUAUAGUCAGAUUCGACAGGAUAGCCAGCAUCCUCGUACGUUUAAACAACAAUAACUUAUCCUGUUAAAUGACUGUACGGAAGAAUUUAAUACUGCCCGAAAUGUACAUCCUUAUUCCAUGUAAUCGUACGCACUGUCGUGUUAUACAUGUUUGAAGACUGCUUCCGUUACAAAAUUUCAGAUAAAUAAAAAAGAUGAUUCAAAUAUAAAA